AUGGAAAGCGCUUUCGCCCACGUUGGGAACCACCUCAUAUCCGAUUCUGCUGCAGCAAUCAACGCCGGUGCAGAUGAUCUCUCAAACAUUGAUCCGGAUGAAAGCUUGUUAUAUGGUCAAUACGGAGGUCAUGGUGGUUUGGGAUCCAGCAGACGAAGAAGCGAUGAUGAUGACAACGAGACGGAAGUAUUCGAUGACGAUGAUACCGAGAGUCUUGCAAGUGUUCCAGUCGAUGGUAUGAAAACUCUUGGGCUUCGAGGUCUUGAGGAUGAGAAGGAACUACCAGCACACGCAUGCGCAUAUUGUGGGAUUCACUCUCCAAGCUGUGUGGUUAAGUGCUUGGGAUGCAACAAAUGGUUCUGCAGUGCCCGUGGAAAUGCUACAUCUUCGCAUAUUGUCAAUCACCUUGUUCGCGCAAGACAUAAGGAAGUUCAAUUACACCCAAUGUCGACCCUCGGAGAUACUGUACUGGAAUGCUACAACUGCGGUAUAAAAAAUGUUUUUCUCCUCGGCUUCAUUCCUGCGAAAUCGGAUACAGUGGUGGUUCUUCUAUGCCGUCAACCUUGCGCCUCUGCUCCAUCUUCGAAGGAUAUGAGUUGGGAUGUGUCCAAAUGGCAACCGUUGAUUGAGGAUCGAUCCUUUUUGUCUUGGCUUGUCUCUCUUCCUACAGACGCAGAACAGCUUCGCGCCCGACAUCUCACGCCGCCAAUGAUUGCAAAGUUGGAGGAGAUGUGGAAGGACAAUGUUAACGCUACCCUUUCCGAUUUGGAAAAAGCUGCUGGAAUUGAUGAUGAUCCAGCCCCUGUCCUUCUUAAAUACGAUGAUGCCUAUCAAUAUCAAAAUGUCUUCGGACCUUUAGUCAAGAUUGAGGCAGAUUACGACCGCAAGCUUAAGGAAGCUCAAUCUGAAGAUGGUUUAAUCAUUCGUUGGGAUUAUGGUUUGAAUAACAAGCAUUUGGCCAGUUUCAUUCUUCCAAAGAUAGAGCUUGGUGAUGUAAAGCUCGCCGUAGGCGAUGAGAUGCGACUCAAAUACAAAGGCGAGCUACGACCUGUCUGGGAGGGUGUUGGAUAUGUGGUCAAAAUUCCGAACAAUCAAUCUGAUGAAGUGACCAUCGAACUACGAAAAGUUGGCAACGAUAAAUCAGUCCCAACAGAAUGCACCCACAACUUUUCUGCCGACUAUGUCUGGAAAGCAACAUCUUACGACCGCAUGCAGUUUGCCAUGAAGACUUUCGCCGUGGACGAAAUGAGUGUAUCAGGGUACAUUUUCCACAAACUUCUCGGUCACGAGGUGGCCGCAGCUCCAAUGAAAAUUCAAAUGCCCAAGAAAUUCAGCGUUCCUGGUCUACCAGAAUUGAACAGCAGUCAAAUCAGCGCCGUCAAGAGCGUAUUGCAAAAGCCUUUGAGUCUCAUUCAAGGACCUCCGGGAACUGGAAAGACAGUCACAUCAGCCACAGUCAUUUAUCAUUUGGCUAAGGUCAAUGGUGGUCAAGUUCUUGUGUGUGCUCCUUCUAACGUUGCCGUCGAUCAACUUUGUGAGCGUAUACAUCGAACUCAACUCAAAGUUGUUCGUCUUACAGCCAAAUCCCGUGAAGAUGUCGAGUCAUCUGUUGGUUUCCUCUCUUUGCAUGAGCAGGUCCGCAUGAAUGAUAGCAAUCACGAGUUGGCCAAACUUACUCAGUUGAAGAGCGAGUUGGGGGAAUUGUCAAGUCAAGAUGAGAAGAAGUUCAAGGCAUUGACAAGAGCUGCCGAACGUGAGAUUUUGAGCAACGCUGAUGUUAUUUGCUGUACUUGUGUUGGAGCCGGAGACCCAAGACUUGCCAAAAUGAAAUUUAGAACAGUCCUCAUCGAUGAAUCUACUCAAUCCGCAGAACCAGAAUGUAUGAUUCCACUUGUUCUGGGAUGCAAACAAGUGGUUCUGGUUGGAGAUCAUCAACAAUUGGGACCCGUCAUCAUGAACAAGAAGGCCGCAAAGGCAGGUCUGAACCAGUCACUCUUCGAGCGUUUAGUCCACCUCGGCCUCAACCCCAUCCGACUUAACGUUCAGUAUCGUAUGCACCCAUGUCUUUCUGAAUUUCCGUCUAACAUGUUCUACGAUGGUUCUCUACAAAACGGUGUCACAAUGCAACAACGACUUCGUCGUGAUGUAGAUUUCCCUUGGCCUGUAGCCGAUACACCCAUGAUGUUCUGGUCCAAUCUUGGUAACGAGGAAAUCUCUGCUUCGGGUACUUCUUAUCUCAACAGAACUGAAGCCUCAAAUGUUGAGAAGAUUGUUACUCGAUUUUUCAAGGCUGGAGUCCAACCUGGAGAUAUUGGCGUCAUCACUCCAUAUGAAGGGCAACGCAGUUAUGUCGUGACAUCUAUGCAGAAUGCUGGUUCUUUUAAGAAAGAGCACUAUAAGGAGGUUGAGGUCGCUUCUGUGGAUGCCUUCCAAGGACGAGAGAAAGAUUUCAUCAUUCUUUCUUGUGUAAGAUCUAACGAUCAUCAAGGUAUUGGUUUCUUGAGUGAUCCUAGACGUCUCAAUGUAGCUUUGACACGUGCCAAGUACGGUCUUGUCAUUGUUGGUAAUCCAAAGGUUUUGUCAAAGCAUCCUCUAUGGCAUUACUUGUUGCAACAUUUCAAGGAUCGUAGCUGUCUUGUUGAAGGUCCACUUUCAAACUUGCAAACAUCGCUUCUACAAUUUAGUCGUCCAAAGACAACUUACCGUGGCCCACAACGUUAUCAAAUGGGAUUGCCACACAACGGCCGAAAUGGCAAUAACAAAGCCCCUCCACUACAGGAUUUCACUGAUACUGGUUCGAUGAUGAGUUCUGCUUUGGAUGACGUUUCUUCGGUUCACUCAUCCCAUCUCGGCGGCGUGGGUGUCGGAUCCGCUUAUCCUGCCGGCUUUGGUAACUUCCCUCUCACCGGUCUUGACAAUUGGCCUGGUCUUGACUCACGAGGUCCACGUGCCAAUGGCCAAAAGGGUCGUGGGCGUGGACCUGAGAGCAUAGCUGGAGAAUCCGUUGCCGCUAGUGAGUUCACUGAUGUCACAAGCAGUAGUGUUACAGAUGGCAGAGGCAUUGGUCAAGGAGGUGUUAGCCUCGGUGUUAGCGUUCACGAAGGACAAAAGCAAACUAGUUUGAGUCAAUCUGACCGCUUGAAGCGAUACGUUGAAUCAGGUGGUCGCAUUGCUGAUUACAAAACUGGCGAUGCUGGCAGUGUCUUUGGCACAAGCUCUCUACUAAGUGGUCGUCGUUUCGAUGAUGAUGAAAAGAGUGUUUCUACUGCAUUUGCAAGCCAGAUCGGAGGAGGUUAUGACUGA